GUGAAAUGGAAGAAAUCAGAUGUGAAGUUUGAAGACCGAUUUGACAAGUAUCUUGACCCAUCUUUCUUUCAGCACAGAAUUCACUGGUUUUCAAUUUUCAAUUCUUUUAUGAUGGUGAUCUUUCUGGUUGGCCUAGUGUCUAUGAUAUUAAUGAGAACUUUGCGAAAAGAUUAUGCAAGAUACAGCAAAGAGGAAGAAAUGGAUGAUAUGGACAGAGAUCUAGGUGAUGAGUAUGGGUGGAAGCAGGUCCAUGGAGAUGUUUUUAGACCAUCCAGUCAUCCUCUAAUAUUUUCAUCGCUUAUUGGUUCUGGUUGUCAGAUUUUUGCUGUGUCUCUUAUAGUCAUUGUUGUUGCAAUGAUAGAAGAUUUAUAUACAGAGAGAGGAUCAAUGCUUAGUACAGCUAUAUUUGUUUAUGCUGCAACAUCACCAGUGAAUGGAUAUUUUGGAGGAAGCCUUUAUGCUAGACAAGGAGGAAGGCGAUGGAUAAAGCAGAUGUUUAUUGGAGCCUUCCUUAUUCCAGCAAUGGUGUGUGGAACUGCCUUCUUCAUUAACUUCAUCGCCAUCUAUUAUCAUGCUUCAAGAGCUAUACCCUUUGGAACCAUGGUGGCAGUGUGCUGUAUUUGUUUCUUUGUCAUUCUUCCAUUGAACCUUGUUGGUACGAUUCUUGGCCGAAAUCUGUCAGGACAGCCUAAUUUUCCAUGUCGUGUCAAUGCAGUGCCUCGUCCCAUACCAGAGAAAAAAUGGUUCAUGGAGCCAGCUGUUAUUGUUUGCCUAGGUGGAAUCCUCCCUUUUGGAUCAAUUUUUAUUGAAAUGUAUUUCAUUUUUACUUCAUUCUGGGCUUACAAGAUCUACUAUGUUUAUGGCUUUAUGAUGUUGGUUCUGGUUAUCCUCUGCAUUGUGACAGUUUGUGUGACUAUCGUUUGUACAUAUUUCCUGCUAAACGCAGAGGAUUACAGGUGGCAAUGGACAAGCUUUCUUUCUGCGGCAUCAACUGCGAUUUAUGUUUACAUGUACUCCUUUUACUACUACUUUUUCAAGACAAAGAUGUAUGGCUUGUUUCAAACAUCAUUUUACUUCGGUUAUAUGGCAGUAUUUAGUACAGCUUUGGGAAUAAUGUGUGGAGCUAUUGGAUACAUGGGAACAAGUGCCUUUGUUCGUAAAAUCUACACUAAUGUGAAAAUUGACUAAGGAAAUAAGAAAACUGAACUAUGGAUCAGUUCCCGUUUUCAUGGGGAUGAACUUGCACAACAAAAAGCGCGAGAAGAGAUUUGGGUUUUGACACUGGGCACUAUAUGGGUCUCCAUUUUGUGGAUGGCUUAAAGUAACAUCUAUUUCAUUGAUCCUAGGUUCUUACUGACUGCUUUCUCCAACUGUUCACAGCAAAUGCUUGGAUUAUAUGCAGUAGGCAUUACUACAGUACGUGGCUAAUCUUCCCCCCCCAAAAAAAACAAAAAACAAAAAACCUAGCUCAUUAAAGAUGAAUAGACUAGCUCUCUUCAGUGAAGAGGACAAACAGUUUAUUUAAAGCAUUUGUUCCAUUCAAUAAAAAGAGGGAAACUUGGCUGCUAAAACUACUUGAUUAGUAGUCUUCCUGGUACUUAACAUUUCUAAACUAUGUAAAAAUGCCGUUCCAGAAAGAUUACUUUUCUGAUUUUUACUGCCAUUGCCAGGAUAAGAGGUAUGUUUUAUAUUUUGACUCCAGGUGCUUUUUGGUUUAUUUGCGAUAUCAACUAUACCCUACACUCAUUUGUUUAAAAAAUAAUUUAAAAAUAUAUUAAAAACCCAUAUGCAUGUAAUAUAUCAGCAAUUGUUCUAGUUGGACCAACUUCCCUUUAUUUAUCUUUAAAGUAAUAUCCAGCUACAUCUUAAAUCCAUCCAAAGAAAAUACAGUCUGAAGACGGGAUGUGUUCUCUGCAAUGCAAUUUACUGUACAGUUAGAAAGCAAAAUGUUAAAUGAAGAGGAUUGUUUGUUUUUAAUAAACACUUUGAGGUCUAGAUUAAAACAAAACCAACAUUUUAACUGAAUGUCUAAAGUGAUUCUCCUUUUUUCCAAGUUAGUCUUGCUUUUUUUUUGGUUUGGUUUGAAUUAAGAUUUUCCUUUAGACAUUAUACAAGGGGUAAUAAGUGUAUAUAACAUUAAAUAAUGUAACUUAGGUGUAGAUCCCAAAUGUAUUUGGAUGUACAGAUUUACUACAGAGUACUUUUCUGAUGAUUCGGUGUAAAAAUGUGUGAAUUUGGGUGGCUUUUUACAUCUUGCCUGCCAUUGCAUGAAAAGUUGGGGUUUCUUCACAAUGUGUGUAUGUCAUGCUUUUCUGUUCUAUUUCCUUUCUCAAGCUCUUACAGGAAUUAAAUUUGUAAUUUAGAACAUUUUAAUUUUUGUUAAUCCUAUCUGGACACUUGUGUAACAUCAAAAGCACAGUUGCUUUAGAGUGUUCAGAAAACUAAAAUAAACUUUUCAGACAAAAA